UGGGCUAAAUUUAAACCCAUUCUUAACGCUACAGUUAAUCUUGAAAACAAGAUGGCUUUCCGAUCGAGAUUCGACAGUACAUCUUCAAGUCUGUCAACCCCCUUACAUAGCAGAUUCAUAAAUACUUCAACACCAUUACUACCUCUUCAAGGAGAUGCCACAUUUGGUAAAGAUGUCGUGGAAUGGCUGAAGGCACUCGGUUACAAGAAAGAGAUCGAUCCAAACCUUAUGAAAAAACUAUGUCCAAAAUCACACCGAAAAAUGUGGUACCAUCUUAUGAAGCAUGUAAGACCACCCCAGGAGGUAGAGUUGGUCAAAAAGAAUGUGUUGAUCUCAAAUUUGGAAAAAGAUCAGAACAAAUACAGAAACCUUUGAAGGCAAUUGUAAACACACCCGAAGACUUUGAUAAUUAUAAACAAUGGAUGGACUUGCGCAGUGAAAUUGCUGAUAAGGAGAGUGAAGUACGUGCUAUUACCGGUGAUAUAAGAACGCUGCAAUUGAAAAGUAGAUUGAAAGAACACCAAAUAAAAGCUACUAAAGAACAAAUCAGCGAAUGCAACCAGAAAAAUGAUUUGUUGAAUAUGAAAAUCCGACAAGAAACUGACAAACUGAAAAAUCUGAAGAACGAUAUCGCCACCUGCGAAAUUCUUAUAAACAAGGCGGUCGAUUUGAAGGAAGAAGAAUCUCCUACUGAUAAGAUAUCAUCCGUCACUUCUGAGCUUGAAAACUUGUAUCGUACCCGUCAAAUGGACCAAUCAAUGCAAAUAUCAUUUGAAAACGACCUCCUAUGGAAUAAGGUUGACGAACUUGCGAUAACAGUAGCACCCAAUGAAAUAAUCAAUCAUAUUAGUGCUUCUUUGGUAUCAGUCAGUGAGAAAUUGAACGAAGAAAUGAAUAAAUUCACAAAUCUGAAGGCAAGCGUAUUACAUGCUGGUACCAACGACUUAUCAGGUUUACAACAGUCGCUCAUUGACACUUUCUCUGAAUUCCAUGAUCUGGAGAAAGAUUCUGAACUUCUCAAAAUAAAUAUCGAUAUGCUGAAACGCCAAGUUACUGAUAACAUUAUAAAGGUUGGUGAAUAA